AUUGAUGAGAACAGAUUAUUUGAGGAAUUUAUUUCUCUUGUGGAUAAUCCGCUGAAUGCAUCGAAUCCAGAAACAGAAGAGGACACUAUAGGUGAUCCUUCAUAUAGCCACACACCUUCCCACCCUCGCAGGUCCUCCCUGCCAUCCCACCCUCGCGCUUCUCCCCUCCCCCACACAGUAACCUCUGAGGAGGCUCUUCCAGCAGAGAGACCAAGUUCUGAUCAAGAAAGACUGAAAACUACACAGAAGAAGAUUUUCUACUCUUCACUAGGUUCCGGUGGUGCUCCUGGUUUAAGUAGUUCAGGGCAGCGUAGAUCUAGUUUAUCUCCUACAGGAGGCUGGAGGUCGAGUUCACCCUCCUCGAGGAUCCUCGCAACCUCGCCUAAAUUGCUCGCGACCUCGCCCAAGGGAUUUGGAUCCUCUACGUCCUCCGGAGGAUUGAGCGUCUCUCCCCUCAGCCUCCAUUCUUUAUCCCCUCCAGAGAGACUGGCUGGUAGCUGGGUCCAGCAGGGUCGACCUCUACCUGCCAUGGAGAACAUAGGUCAACCUAUACCUGGCCUCGAGACCUUCCAAUCAGUAUCCUCCCUCCCUCAAGUACAUGGUGUUCCAGCCUCCAGUACUAGAACCUUCUCAAGUACAUAUACAGGGCAUACGGUACACAAACUUUACACUAAUCCGUGUACAAGUGCGCAGUACACUUUGCAACCCGUUCUAAAGCAGAAACCAAAACCCGAGACUGGAGUUUGGGAGACAGGAGUACAACAACGGAAUACAGAAAGAAGUCUGCUUAGAAAACAUCUUCAGAGCAAGGAAGGACCGAGCGCUGCUCAAUGCGAGAAAUGCGGGAGGACUUUGACAGCAAAGUGUAUUAUGGAAACAUGUAAUAGACCUGAGGAGGUCAUCUGUCAGAUUUGUGGUGUUGAACUCACGGUGAAGUGUAUUCUGGGUUCAUGCGGAGCUAAUUAGAUAGCUAUGUGUCACAUUGUUAGCUAUUUCUAUCGCAACGUUAGUUAUUCCUAUCACCGUGUUAGGAAGUAAUAUCAUUGUAUUAGCAAUUACUAUCAUGGUCAGCUAUCAACGAGUUAGUUAUUUCUAUCGCGUGUUAGAUAUUAUUGUUUCAGUGCUAGCUAUCAAUAUCACAAUUUUAGUGAUUUAAAGUUACUAAAGAGAUCCUGGUGCAUCUAGUAGAUUUUUAGAUAAAACUAAAACGGUUAAAAAGUUUGAAAAAAAUAGAACUUCUAUAUGAAGGUGUUAAAUUUAGAUUUAAAGAAAAAUCCUUCAUUGUUUCGUGAAGGGGUGGGUUAUUUUUACGUUUUUUUUUAUUUUUUCUUAAAAUUGUAAUGAAUAUUUUUGUUUUAGUCUAGUCAUUUUUCAAAGGUGGCCUUAAACAAAACAAAAACAUGGAUACAUUAUGAAACAUCAGAAACAUAAACAGUAAUUCUGAAACGCUAAAAAAAACAAUGAAAAAGCUUACUUUUUAUUUUUAACUUUUAACAUUCCAAUUUGCGAAAGAAAGAAAAAUGCUGGAUCAUUUUUACCAAUCCCCCGUGUGUUUUUACAUUUUUUAAAAUAUUAAAUUUUGCACUUUUCUUCAUAUAUAUAAUGUUUUCAGUACACUUUUUCAAGAAGUUAAUUGUUGCCAUUUUAAAAAUGAGAUGAUUUGAACUAUACUACAGUUAACAAUGUUUGUACAUUGUACACGUUUUUUUAUACAUUUGUCAUAUAUACGUUUUUGGCGGAUUUUAAACUUCUCGUAGAUUUUUUUAUUGAGAUUAUUAAGACUGAAAUCUAAGAUGAAUCUACGAAACUACGUUUUGUCGAAUCAUUUUUAUUUAAAUCUUUAAUUUAAUAGAACUGAAAACAGUCUUAAUGUGAAUUGAAUGAUAAUAUUUUAAGUUUAGUCGUCUCUUGAAGGACCGCUGAGAGAUAAGAUAACAUUAGGGUCGUUUUUAUUCUUAUUAACCUAUCUGAAGACGAAAUGUAUAAAAAGAAUAAAUUGUUGACCACA